CGAUACAGUGACAAUCAUGAGGAGUGCAUUGCUGUGCUGUGUCGUGCUGGCGGCGGUGGCGUACGCCAGCUGCCGGGAGGUGCCCCGGGAGAAGCGCGAGGCUGACCUGGAGCCGGCCGCGUCCGACAAGGGCGGCAAGUGGGACAAGGGUGGUGGCCACGAGCAUCACGAGCACCACCACCACGACCACGGUGAGAAAGGGCACAAGGGCUACAAGGGCCACCAUCACCACGAGCACGGCAAAAAGGGCCACCACCACCACGAAGGCCACAAAGGCCACCACGACGAGCACGGCGGCCACAAGAAGCACCACCACCACGACGACGGACACCAUCACGAACAUCACCACGGGGAAAAGGGUCACAAAGGGCACGGUCACCAUGAGGAGGGACAUUACCACAAAGGACACUCCACUAAAGGACAUCAUGGAGUGCACAAAAACGACGAAUUCAAGAAGGAGAAACACUUCCACGACCACCAUCACGAAGGCGGCCAUCACGAACACCAUGGAGGACACCACGAGGAGCACGGACACAAGAAGGGUGGCGGCCACCACAAAGGCCACAAGCACGGCGGACACCACCACCACGAACACGGCAAAAAGGGCCACCACGAGAAGGGAGGACACCAUCACGACCACAAGGACCAUCACGAUGAGGGCGGUCAUCACGAGCAUCAUCAUCAUCACCAUGAUCACGGGAAGAAGGGCGGCCACGAGGACCACAAGCACUGGGGCUACAAGAAGGGACACAAAUAAGCUCCUCGCCGAGCCAAUGACUGCGUUUUGUACAAUAACUGCUAAUAUGCCAUUAACUAGGAUUUCAUUAAUUUAAGUUUUGUUAAGUGUUUUCGUUAGUAUUGUUAUAUUGAC